CCAUCUUGCGAGGAGCCGCCGCGGGACCGUCCGCCGGCGGGGCCGGCGCCGCUCGGGCUGCCCGGGCUGCCCAGGGCUCACGGGGCCGCCCCGGCGGGCGGGAAGAGCCGGGGCGGGCGGCGGCGGCGCCAUGGAGGAUGAAAUGCCCAAGACCCUGUACGUGGGGAACCUCUCCCGGGACGUGACUGAGGCUCUGAUCCUCCAGCUCUUCAGCCAGAUCGGACCCUGCAAGAACUGCAAGAUGAUCAUGGAUACAGCUGGGAAUGAUCCCUACUGCUUCGUGGAGUUCUACGAGCACCGGCACGCGGCCGCCGCGCUGGCCGCCAUGAACGGCAGGAAGAUAAUGGGUAAGGAGGUCAAAGUGAACUGGGCCACCACCCCCAGCAGCCAGAAGAAAGACACCAGCAACCAUUUCCACGUCUUUGUCGGAGACCUCAGCCCCGAAAUCACAACUGAAGACAUCAAAGCAGCCUUCGCUCCCUUUGGAAGAAUCUCGGAUGCACGGGUGGUCAAGGACAUGGCCACGGGCAAGUCCAAGGGCUACGGCUUCGUCUCCUUCUUCAAUAAAUGGGACGCCGAGAACGCCAUCCAGCAGAUGGGGGGGCAGUGGCUCGGGGGGCGGCAGAUCCGGACCAACUGGGCCACGAGGAAACCUCCGGCUCCCAAGAGCACCUAUGAGACGAACACCAAACAAUUGUCCUACGACGAGGUGGUCACUCAGUCCAGCCCCAGCAACUGCACCGUGUACUGCGGGGGGGUCACCUCGGGCCUCACAGAGCAGCUGAUGCGCCAGACCUUCUCCCCCUUCGGGCAAAUCAUGGAGAUCCGAGUGUUCCCGGAUAAAGGCUACUCCUUCGUCAGGUUCAGUGCCCACGAGAGCGCUGCCCACGCCAUCGUCUCUGUCAACGGCACCACCAUCGAGGGCCACGUGGUGAAGUGCUACUGGGGCAAGGAGACGCCCGACAUGGUCAGCCCCGUCCAGCAGAGCCAGCUGAGCUACCCGCCGGCCUACGGGCAGUGGGGACAGUGGUACGGCGGCGCCCAGCUGGGCCAGUACGUGCCCAACGGCUGGCAGGUGCCCACCUACGGCGUCUACGGCCAGGCCUGGAACCAGCAGGGAUUUGGGCAGAGCUCGCCGUCGGCGCCGUGGAUGAGCCCCGCUUUCAGCGUGCCGGCGGCGCAGGGCCACAACGGCGCCGUGCUGCCGGCCCAGCCCGGCUUCCGCGUGGGCUUCGAGGCGCCCUGAGCCCCGAGCCCGCUAUUUAUUGCCGCAGCACCUCCGGGGGCCAUCAUGGAACGAGCCCUCCCCCAGCGCUGAGAUUUGACAGAAUCCUCCCCCCCCCCCUUUUCCUCCUCUCCUCUCCCCCAAAAAAACAAAACCCAGAUGCUGGAUCGCCACCGCCGCCGC